GGACCUUGCUGCACAGGGAAAAGACUUCUACAGCUUAGCGAUGGAUUUUGCGCCCAACGUUGAUGAUAACUUUGAUUAUACAGACUAUAACUUCACAUCCGUGACUCAGGACUUAAACUCCACAUCCAUGAGUACGGCCCAGGCCGGCCUGAGCCCCGUCGCCUGGGUGGCCCUUGCUGUCUAUGCCGUCGUGUUCCUGUUGGGCGUGCUGGGCAAUGGGGCGGUCAUCUGGGUGGUGGCCUUCCAGAUGCGGCACACGGUGAACACGAUCUGGUUCCUGAACCUCUCUGUGGCUGACCUGCUCUGCUGCCUGUCGUUGCCCUUCCUGGCGGAGUCCCUGGCCAACGGCUACAGCUGGCGGCUGGGAGACUUUGCUUGCAAACUUUUGCCCUCCCUCAACAUCCUCAACAUGUUUGCCAGCGUCUUGCUGCUGACGCUCAUCAGCGUGGACCGCUGGGCCCUGGUGGUCAAGCCAGUGUGGUGCCAGAACCACCGCUCGGCAUGCUUGGCCUGGGCCCUGUGUGCCGUGGCUUGGGGCUCUGCCCUGCUCCUCACGCUGCCCUCCUUCCUCACCCGCGAGACCAAGUCCUCAUUUCCUAACCAGAUGACAUGCGGCACCAAUUAUGCCAUCUUGGGUGAGGAUCACCACAAGGCUGAGGUCUCCGUGGCUGUCAUGCGCCUCCUUUUUGGCUUCCUGAUCCCUUUCGUGGUCAUCAGCCUCUGCUAUGGGUUGCUGCUCUUGCGGGUGCACAGAAGCCGCUUCAUGCGCUCCAAGAAGACCCUGAAGGUGGUGCUGGUGGUUGUCGUGAGCUUCUUCAUCUGCUGGGCCCCGUUUCAUGCGUUUGCUCUCAUCUUUGCCAAUGAGCUUCCAUCGAGUGCCCUCUACCAAUCUGUGCAUGAUGCCGACCCCCUCGUUGUGGCCCUGGCUUACAUCAACAGCUGCAUCAACCCCAUCAUCUAUGUCAUCGCGGGCCAGGACUUCCAGGCCAAGGUGCAGCACUCACUGAAGAACCUGCUGCGCAAUGUCUUGAGCGAAGAGUCUACCCGGGCCCAUUCCCUGGCUGAGGGCCACACCCAGGCCAUCUGCACCACCACAGAGGACCGCAGCACCAGCACCACCUUGUGAGGGGAGCACAGCUCCCGAGAGAAGCCAACACUCGCUCUGGCUUGGUGCCCCAGAUGAGGGCAUGGUCUGCUUUUGCACAUGCGUGUAAGUGCACAAACUUUCUCCUGUUGCAGUAUUCCUUUUGCUUUUGCCCUGUGAUGAGGCCAAAAUCCUCCAAUCUAAUUAAAACCAUUUAAAAACAUGACAUCAUCAUAACAAUAAAACAAAACAAGGUGGUAACGGAGUUCCUCAUAGGUCAGGGAACGCCUGUGUGCGUAGGUGUGUUUCCAAGAGGUGCUUAAACAUGCCACCAUUUCUGCCUCUUGAACCAGGCAUGGGAGAGUCGCUAGCUGGUGGGACGUGCCAUAGGCUGCGGAAUGCCCAGUAAGGCUCCUAUGGUGACUUCCGGGAUUGAAUGGGUGUAUAUAAGUGAUGACAGACAGGUUGGGAUGUCUUCGUGCGGAAACAGAAGUAAUGAUAAUAAUUUAAACAGAAAAGCAAGAUAUCUCACCCCAGUGGGGCAGGAUGCGAGCAGGUGAGCCUUGAGUGCAGGCUGCUCAGUCUCUUGCCCAGGUGUUGCUUGCUGGGAUGAUCCAUUUCAAGGCCCCUUCCAGUAGGGU